AAAGUGAAGGUAAAGUAAAGUAAAAAACAAUCAGCCAUGGCCCUAUAUUUCCUGUACCCCGCUGUGGCCGCCCUCGCCAUGUUCAUCGUCGGCGUCAUCAUAAUUAUGCUGCGCUAUGGGCCACGUCUCUGUGGCCUGCGCCAUCAUGCGCUCCCUGACAACCACGAUCUCAGGGAGAAGACAUACGAGCAUGAGAUUAGCUAUGCCUAAUACGAUGCGCAAUCUUUCUUCAAUUACAAUUAACAUUUAUACAUUCCGGCAAUGUAUAUUGCUAUCUAUAUAUCUACCCCACGAAACUAACCUUAGUCACUGUAAGUUGUCCCCCCACUAACCGUCUAUUUGCACCCCAAGAAUAAUUAUUUUGCAUGCAGUACAAAUAGCUUCAUUUAGGGUCCAAGCAGAACCCUUUUUCUAUCCAUCAUAUCAAGACAAAUGUGCCUUCAAUGUAGAGACUCGUGAGUAAAUUAUGCCGUCCAAGUGUCUUCUAGUAUUGUAAGAUCCUCCAAUAUGUAUUUAAAAUUAAAUGUAUUUACACCCACUUUUUGAGAGAAGUUUACAGAGUCUGCAUUUAAUCCUGUAAUCCUCCAUUUCGAUUCGUUUAUUUCUCUAAAGCAAACUCUAUACAUUUGUAUUUCGUUCUCCCUUUGUAAACCCAGACCCAAAAUGGUACAGUAAACCAAUCAAAUAAAGCUCCAAUAUACAUUUCCGUAA